AUGGGAUUGAAAAGGCUAACGGUGAAUUUGCGCAUUGCUGUUGUGCAGUUAAACCCGCAGAUAGGGCAUCUCGAGGAAACGGUUGUACGGGCCCACUCGCUGGUGCGCCGUGUGGAACGAUACCAGCCAGAUAUUGUAGUCUUCCCUGAGUUCGCGCUGUCAGGCUACAGCUUCCACUCGCGCGCGGAAAUCAGCGCCCAUCUGUGCAGGCCACAGGAAGGCCCGGCAUGGGAGUUCUGCCAGCAGAUCUCGCGAAAGCUGUCAUGUGUUACGGUCAUGGGGUACCCAGAGCGUGGCGACAACCAGCAGGCGUACAACUCGGCCCUGGUCGUUGAUGAGGAGGGCAAGCUCGCCUUCAACUACCGCAAGUCCUUCCUUUACGACACCGACGAGGAAUGGCAGUGUGCCGAAAAUCCAGCCGGCUUUCAAGCAUUCGAGCUCCCCUUGAAGGGUAAGGCACGUGAUCAUGAUGGGCACGUGCACGACGUUAAGCUCCGGAGUGCCAUUGGCAUCUGCAUGGACCUGAGCCCCUACAAGUUCAAGGCGCCAUUCCAAGAAUGCGAGUUCUCAACCUACCAGCUGGAGCACGGCACGGAGCUGCUCAUUGUCCCCAUGGCCUGGCUGCACGCCUCCUCGGUUACUCGCGAUACGGCAGACCCCGCUACGGGGAAAGCCGAGAUUGCGAGGACUAUGGACCAGCUCGGGCUUCCGUUGCAUGGAUCCCAGAACCAAUUCCAGGUGAACAUUAAACUCCGGGAUGGUACUUGCGAAGAAGAAUGUCCCGGUAAUGGUACUCUCACCUCUGCUCCAUCUGACGCUGGCGUCGCCUCGUCCUACUCGGACCUAAGCCGCCCUGAUCAGCAGAACUUGGAUUACUGGACUAUUCGUUUUAUGCCAUUUCUUGCAUGCAAGUGGCGCGAAAACUGGUUUGUCGAAAAAGCUUUGAAGCCCAUUUUGGCGAAAUUCAAAGGCAGUAGGUUCACCUAUCUCGGUAGCUCGCUGAAAGCGCCAUGGCUUUUCGAGAACAAGAAUGCGCUGCUAGUUCUUUGUAAUCGCUGCGGUGCCGAGGAUGGAGCUACAGUGUAUGCUGGUUCUUCCGGGUUUUUGAAGUUCAACGGGCAGUACGGCAAUGAAGAGGAAAUUUUGAAUUCUUCGAAUAGAAGCGUUGAGCUCCUGGGAAACCUUGGAAAGGGUUACGAGGGAGUCAUCGUUCGCGAUGUGAGCUUUGAAAUCGAAAGGGACUUGUAG